AAAAAGCACUGAAAUACUUGAGCUGGCGGCAGGGCUGAACGUAGCCCAGUUAAAGAUCCUUUCUUGCCACAUCCUCUCUAAGACGGGCUGUGAGUACCGCGUGGAACAAAGGAGAAGGGUGGCGGUGGGGUCAGUAAAGAGCCGGCCCAAGGUGCAUCUUUUAGGUCCGGAUGCUGGGAGCAGCCGUUCCCGCCCCUAUAUUCCUCUCACCAGGUAGGUUUGCCCGGGAGUGGCUACCUCCCAGGCAAAAAUUCGGCCUGGUUAAACUGGAAAGAGCAGGAAAGCCUGCCCACUGGAGCCCGGGGAACGCCUGCAAAGUGACAGCACUCUACCAACUCAGGAACCUCACCGGUGCGGACCGGGCCGCGGGCUCUUCCGGGGCGGGCCUCGCCUGACGCAGGACGAGGGGCGGCCCCGUCGCACACGAACCAAUCAUGACAGACGCUUCUACGUGGCUAGCAUUGACCAACUGGAGACGGUAGAGAUAGCGACGGGGAAAUUCAAACGUGUUUGCGGAAAGGAGUUUGGGUUCCAUCUUUUCAUUUCCCCAGCGCCGCUUCCAGUAGUUUUUUUCUUAGAAAUGGAGUCCGAGGAUUUAAGUGGCAGAGAAUUGACAAUUGAUUCCAUAAUGAACAAAGUGAGAGACAUUAAAAAUAAGUUUAAAAAUGAAGACCUUACUGAUGAACUAAGCUUGAAUAAAAUUUCUGCUGACACUACAGAUAACUCGGGAACUGUUAACCAAAUUAUGAUGAUGGCAAACAGCCCAGAGGACUGGUUGAGUUUGUUGCUGAAACUAGAGAAAAACAGUGUUCCUCUAAGUGAUGCUCUUUUAAAUAAAUUGAUUGGUCGUUACAGUCAAGCAAUUGAAGCACUGCCCCCAGAUAAAUAUGGCCAAAAUGAGAGUUUUGCUAGAAUUCAAGUGAGAUUUGCUGAAUUAAAAGCUAUUCAAGAGCCAGAUGAUGCACGUGACUACUUUCAAAUGGCCAGAGCAAACUGCAAGAAAUUUGCUUUUGUUCAUAUAUCUUUUGCACAAUUUGAACUGUCACAAGGUAAUGUCAAAAAAAGUAAACAACUUCUUCAAAAAGCUGUGGAACGUGGAGCAGUGCCACUAGAAAUGCUGGAAAUUGCCCUACGGAAUUUAAACCUCCAAAAAAAGCAGCUGCUUUCAGAGGAGGAAAAGAAGACUUUAUCAGCAUCUACGGUAUUAACUGCCCAAGAAUCAUUUUCCAGUUCACUUGGGCAUUUACAGAAUAGGAACAACAGUUGUGAUUCCAGAGGACAGACUACCAAAGCCAGGUUUUUGUAUGGAGAGAACAUGCCCCCGCAAGAUGCAGAAAUAGGUUAUCGGAAUUCAUUGAAACAAACCAACAAAACUAAACAGUCAUGCCCAUUUGGAAGAGUCCCAGUUAACCUUCUAAAUAGCCCAGACUGUGAUGUGAAGACAGAUGAUUCAGUUGUACCUUGUUUUAUAAAAAGACAAACCUCUAGAUCAGAAUGCCGAGAUUUGGUUGUGCCCGGAUCUAAACCAAGUGGAAAUGAUUCCUGUGAAUUGAGAAAUUUAAAGUCUGUUCAAAAUAUUCAUUUCAAGGAACCUCUGGUGUCAGAUGAAAAGAGUUCUGAACUUAUUAUUACUGAUUCAGUAACCCUGAAGAAUAAAACUGAAUCAAGUCUUCUAACUAAAUUAGAAGAAACUAAAGAGUACCAAGAACCAGAGGUUCCAGAGGGUAACCAGAAACAGUGGCCAUCUAAGAGAAAGUCAGCAUGUAUUAACCAGAAUCCUGUUGCAUCUUCAAAUCAGUGGCAGAUUCCAGAAUUAGCCCGAAAGGGUAAUACAGAGAAACACACCACUUUUGAGCAACCUGUCUUUUCAGUUUCAAAACAGUCACCGCCAAUGUCAGCAUCUAAAUGGUUUGACCCAAAAUCUAUUUGUAAGACACCAAGCAGCAAUACCUUGGAUGAUUACAUGAGCUGUUUUAGAACUCCAGUUGUAAAGAAUGACUUUCCACCUGCUUGUCAGUUGUCAACACCUUAUGGCCAACCUGCCUGUUUCCAGCAGCAACAGCACCAAAUACCUGCUACUCCACUUCAAAAUUUACAGGUUUUAGCAUCAUCUUCAGCAAAUGAGUGCAUUUCGGUUAAAGGAAGAAUUUAUUCCAUAUUAAAGCAGAUAGGAAGUGGAGGUUCAAGCAAGGUAUUUCAGGUGCUGAAUGAAAAGAAACAGAUAUAUGCUAUAAAAUAUGUGAACUUAGAAGAAGCAGAUAACCAAACUCUUGAUAGUUACCGGAACGAAAUAGCUUAUUUGAAUAAACUACAACAACACAGUGAUAAGAUCAUCCGACUUUAUGAUUAUGAAAUCACGGACCAGUACAUCUACAUGGUAAUGGAGUGUGGAAAUAUUGAUCUUAAUAGUUGGCUUAAAAAGAAAAAAUCCAUUGAUCCAUGGGAACGCAAGAGUUACUGGAAAAAUAUGUUAGAGGCAGUUCACACAAUCCAUCAACAUGGCAUUGUUCACAGUGAUCUUAAACCAGCUAACUUUCUGAUAGUUGAUGGAAUGCUAAAGCUAAUCGAUUUUGGGAUCGCAAACCAAAUGCAACCAGAUACAACAAGUAUUAUUAAAGAUUCUCAGGUUGGCACAGUUAAUUAUAUGCCACCAGAAGCAAUCAAAGAUAUGUCUUCCUCCAGAGAGAAUGGGAAGUCUAAGUCAAAGAUAAGCCCCAAAAGUGAUGUUUGGUCCUUAGGAUGUAUUUUGUACUAUAUGACUUAUGGGAAAACACCAUUUCAGCAUAUAAUUAAUCAGAUUUCUAAGUUGCAUGCCAUAAUUGAUCCUAAUCAUGAAAUUGAAUUUCCUGAUAUUCCAGAGAAAGAUCUUCAGGAUGUGUUAAAGUGUUGUUUAAAAAGGGACCCAAAACAGAGGAUAUCCAUUCCUGAGCUCCUGGCUCAUCCAUACGUUCAAAUUCAAACUCAUCCAGGUAACCAAAUGGCCAAGGGAACCACUGAAGAAAUGAAAUAUGUUCUGGGCCAACUUGUUGGUCUGAAUUCUCCUAACUCCAUUUUGAAAGCUGCUAAAACUUUAUAUGAACACUAUAGUGGUGGUGAAAGUCAUAAUUCUUCAUCAUCCAAGACUUUUGGAAAAAAAAGGGAAAAAAAAUGAUUUGCAGUUACUCGUAAAUUGUCACAUACCACCUAUAAAAUAUAUUGGACUGUAAUACUCUUGACUCCCUGUGGAAAUCUACAUUUGAAGACAACAUCACUCUUAAGUGUUAUCAGCAAAAAAAAUUCAGUAGAUUAUCUUUAAAAGAAAACUGUAAAAAUAGCAACCACUUAUGGCACUGUAUAUAUUGUAGACUUGUUCUCUCUGUUUUAUGCUCUUAUGUAAUCUAUUUGACAUCAUUUCACUCUUGAAAUAGUGGGUGGAUAGCAAGUAUAUUCUAAAAAACUUUGUAAAUAAAGUUUUGUGGCAUAAAAUGACACUAACAUUU